AUGGAUCGUCUCUUGCGUUUAGGGGGUGGAAUGCCAGGAUUAAGUCAAGCACCACCUCCUUCUGAUGCCCCUGUUGUAGAUACUGCAGAACAAGUCUACAUUUCUUCUCUGGCUCUCCUUAAGAUGUUAAAACAUGGAAGAGCUGGGGUUCCUAUGGAAGUUAUGGGGCUUAUGUUAGGAGAAUUUGUUGAUGACUAUACUGUAAGAGUAAUCGAUGUGUUUGCUAUGCCACAGACAGGAACAGGUGUGAGUGUAGAAGCUGUGGAUCCUGUUUUCCAAGCUAAAAUGUUAGACAUGUUGAAGCAAACCGGUCGCCCCGAGAUGGUGGUAGGAUGGUAUCAUUCCCAUCCAGGAUUUGGUUGUUGGUUAUCAGGUGUUGAUAUCAACACUCAGCAAAGCUUUGAAGCUCUUUCAGAAAGAGCUGUAGCUGUUGUUGUUGAUCCAAUCCAGAGUGUCAAAGGGAAAGUUGUCAUUGAUGCUUUCAGAUUAAUUAAUCCCAAUAUGAUGGUUCUUGGCCAAGAACCACGACAAACUACCUCCAAUUUGGGGCAUCUGCAAAAACCCUCCGUACAGGCUUUAAUACACGGUUUAAAUCGCCAUUAUUAUUCCAUCAGCAUCAACUACAGGAAAAAUGAAUUGGAGCAAAAAAUGUUGUUAAAUUUACAUAAGAAGUCAUGGAUGGAUGGACUGAUGCUCUCCGACUAUUCAGAGAAUUGUAAAGUUAAUGAAACCACAGUCGGGGACAUGCUUGAAUUAGCUAAGAAUUACAAUAAGGCAUUAGAAGAAGAGGAGAAAAUGACACCCGAACAACUUGCUAUAAAGAACGUUGGUAAGCAAGAUCCGAAGAGGCAUUUGGAAGAGAAAGUUGAUGUGCUGAUGUCGGCAAAUAUAGUGCAGUGUCUUGGUGCUAUGCUAGAUACUGUUGUGUUCAAAUGA